CACUUUAACAGUCUUAUCAUGGUUUAUUUAGUACACUUUAAAUUGCACCUGAGUGGUAGAGAUGUACAAGUGUUAUUAUUUGGUGCUUGUGUAUUUCAUUGUCGUAACAGCGGCAGAUGAAAAAAUAAACCAAAAACGCUUUCUAAAAAUUGAAAUACUUUUAAACGAACAGAGAGAUGAAAUUGAACGACUAACAAAUGAAGGUGAAGAAAUGAAACGAACACUAAAUAUUCAGGGAAGGGAAAUGAUGCAUUUAAAAAAAGCAAUGGGGGACGUGAUGGACGAAAACAAACACUUAAUCAAGUUGUUGAACUCUGAAUCCAAAGCUCGUUUGGUUGAUGGAAAAGAUAAAUUGAUGAGGCCAAAAGAAAGAGAUAUUUUCAAUCAUACAGAAAGAAGACUAUUAGUGAAUAGUGGAGAUCACGGAGAUCGUGUGGCAUUUUAUGCAUUUAUGAGUAACAAUGAAGCAAUUCUGAAACACCAUACUCUGAUUUUCGAUGAGACAAAAGUAAAUUACGGUAGUGGUUAUAACAAUAAUACGGGAACAUUUAGGGCACCUGUCAGUGGCGUGUAUGUCAUUACAACUACAAUACAUCCAUACGAAAAAAGCGCAGCAUCCAUUGAAAUUAUAGUCAACAGCAACGUCCAUGGUUCAAUAUUUACGGAUAGUUCUGAUGGUUGGGACAUAAACGCUUCCACCGGUAUUGUUAUAGCAUGGAUGAACCAAGGAGACGUUAGUUUUGUAAGAACCAGUGCUAGUUACAACUCAUAUGGAAGUCUUUACAGCGGCACCAUACUUAGGUGCAGUUUUGCUGGAUGGAAAAUUUCAGAUUAAAUGUGAAAUCAUAUUUUCUCAAU